AGUUUAAACUAAGUGCUAUGUUUUGGGACAGGCUAAUCUUCUAGCAAGCAGUGUGAGGAUAGAAGCACAUUGUCAGAGCCGGUGUGCACGGGAAAGAUAAGGGAGCCAGCCAGCCCGACCCAGCGACCCAGCGACUGCCUGUUUUAAUGUGCUGACUCUGGGGAGAUUUUAAAAGACAGCGUAUUGACUUCUCAGACGUGUGGAGACCCUGGGCAAAAAAACGCCUCCUCUGACAUCCACAGCCAGCAGAAGUGCAUCACCAAGACCAAAAAAAAAGAGGACUGAAAAUCACAAUUCCACAAAUCUGAAAGCGAAGAGGAUUUUUUUUUGUCAUCCUCUCCUUUUUUGAGUUAAUUUCAAUUUUUUUAUUUCAUUUUUUUUUUCUAUUUACCCGGGACUCACUGACUGACUCCCAACCGAGCAAAAGAGCGGGGAGCAGAAAUCGAAAAGAAGCUGACAUUAAAAGGACAGACAGACAGAAAAGCACCGAAGCUGAACAUGUUCGAAAUAAGCCGAACACUCAACGCCGCUUUGUUGAGCAAUGAGGGGUCGACAGAGACACAGUGGCGUCAGGCAGAGCUCCCGCAGCUCCAGGGCUGGGCAGAGAAGGGAUUGCUGACGCAGCCAAAGAUGAUCAUCAGCAACAUGGAGAAUCCGGUGACAAACGGCCCCAGCGGGGGAGGUACCACGGCCAACGGCCCGUCCAACAACAGCCGUGGCUGCCCCUCUCCCAUGCAGACCGGCCCGACGAACGACGACAGCAAGACGAACCUCAUCGUGAACUACCUGCCCCAGAACAUGACCCAGGAGGAGUUCCGGAGCCUGUUCGGCAGCAUCGGCGAGAUCGAAUCCUGCAAGCUGGUUCGUGAUAAAAUCACAGCUGAAGUCUCAGGGCAGAGUCUGGGCUACGGAUUUGUCAACUACAUUGACCCAAAGGAUGCAGAGAAAGCCAUCAACACAUUAAAUGGACUCAGACUUCAGACCAAAACAAUCAAGGUGUCGUACGCGCGACCCAGCUCAGCCUCUAUCCGUGAUGCUAACCUUUACGUGAGCGGCCUCCCCAAGACCAUGACCCAGAAAGAACUGGAGCAGCUCUUCUCCCAGUAUGGACGCAUCAUCACCUCGCGGAUCCUUGUCGACCAGGUCACAGGCCCUGCAGGUGGCUCCCGGGGUGUGGGCUUCAUUCGCUUUGAUAAGAGGAUAGAGGCAGAGGAGGCCAUCAAGGGCCUGAACGGCCAGAAGCCAUCGGGUGCCGCCGAGCCCAUCACGGUCAAGUUCGCCAACAAUCCCAGCCAGAAGACCAGCCAAGCCCUUCUGUCACAGCUCUACCAAUCUCCCAACCGCCGAUACCCAGGCCCCCUCCACCAUCAGGCUCAGAGAUUCAGGCUGGACAAUUUGCUUAAUAUGGCCUAUGGCGUAAAGAGGUUCUCCCCCAUCACCAUCGACAGCAUGACCAGCCUGGUCGGCAUGAACAUCCCCGGCCACACCGGCACCGGUUGGUGCAUCUUUGUGUACAACCUGUCCCCGGAUUCCGACGAGAGCGUGCUCUGGCAGCUGUUUGGCCCCUUCGGCGCCGUCAACAACGUCAAGGUGAUCCGUGACUUCAACACAAACAAGUGCAAAGGCUUCGGCUUUGUCACCAUGACGAAUUACGACGAGGCGGCCAUGGCCAUCGCCAGUCUCAACGGCUACAGGUUGGGCGACCGCGUCUUGCAAGUCUCCUUCAAGACCAACAAGACGCACAAGUCCUGAACUGUGCCAGGUAAAAGCAGCGUCUGCUCCCAAGAAGAAGAAAAAAAGAUGUAUUGCCCCCAGCCCCCAACCCCCCAACCUCCACUCAUUCCUUAGUCCCCAAAGCCACCACACCACCACCCUACUGCAGCCAUCCGACACAGCAAACGCCAACCGGAACACAAAGAAACCUACAAACGAAUUGAACUCGAAAUGGCUUAUAUCAUAACUUUGGACCUAUAAGCCAGUGUUGCCUAAAUAUUUCAAAAAUGGAAUGAUUAAAAUGUUCACACGUUUUUGGAAGCCCCUGUGAUAUUACAGAGCUUCUCUUUAUUGUAAAUCCUUUAUGUUUGUUGUGGUUGUGUUGUUUUUUUUCUCUCUUCUCGAUAAACAGUAGCAAAUCCCUGUAUGCCCUUAUUUCAGAGAAGAGAAGGAUCUUUUUAGAUUGGAGACUUUUCUCUGUCUUGAUUCAGGAUUUGUUUUUCUUCUGUAAAUCCGGAUCCACUGUUGUUAGUAUUAAUGCCUCCCCCAUCAAUGUACGGGAGAGGGAGAGAGCUUUUUUAAAUUGGUAAAACCACUCAUUCACUUUUAAAUGUAUAUUUAAGAAUUUCCCCCUUGUCGACUCCACGUGGGAUUCAACGAUCCCGUUAACUCAGAUGUAGGAAAAAGAAAAAAAAAACAGAUUUCUAACAUUGUUUUUGUUUUGUAUCGCAAACAAAACACGUCUUUCCUCGGUGGGUUUCAGGGACACGGGGCGCGGGAGGGGACGGGUUCCUGUUCACACGUUCAGUAAUUUAAGAAAAAAAAAACACUGUUGCCAAAGAGAAGAUCUCUUUGCUUGGAAAAAGAUAAAAACAAAUAGAAAGAUCUAUUUUUAUAAAUGAUAAUUAAAAUAAUAACUAUUGAAGCAUUUUUACAAGAAUCUGGAUUUGAAAAAAAAAAGAGAGAAGAAUAUUUUGACUGGCUUACUGGGGGGACCGGCGGGUGGGAGGGGGCACCACCUUGUCUUGUUGUUCUGCCGUGGUACUUUAUAGAAUCAAAGGUUGUCUGUUUUUUUUGGGAAUCCAAGUUGGUGGAGAUUUUCUAGACCGAAGGUUUUGUGAAAAGGGAUGCAAACUGAGGCGAGCGAUUUUGGUAAUUUUUCACAUAUGUACUUGUGCAUAAUUAUUCAAACAGCGAUACCCAAAAGGAAGGGGAGAGGGGUCUUUCCAAGGCCUGACCAACCUUAUACUUCAGUGCCCAAAGCAUUAAGUCCCUUUUGUCCACUUUUUGCUUUGUCAUCAGAUAAUAUGGGAAAUUAGUAAAUAGAUAUAUCCUCAUCUAUCCAUUUAGAGAGCAUACAACGUAUAUCAUUUUCUUCGCUCUGCGUUUGUGAACUUACAUUUGAGAAGGCGUUCCUUUUAGCGAUCAACAGUAGGUGCUAAUUCCACAUUAUUCACAUAUCUUAAAUAUCCAACUUUGUUGUUCUAUGUGUUGUUUAAAGAAAAAAAAAGUACUUUGAUGUUAGCAUUGAAUUAAGCUGCUGUUCUUUGGUAUUUGUUUCAUGUUGGCCCAGAAAUCUGAUGUGACUUUUUUGGGUUCUUUUUGCUUAAUGAGCAGAUUUUAUGAAUUUGGGGCCUUGUAAGAAUCACUGAUCAAAGUUUUGUUGUUUUUUUUCUAUCUUAUCUUUUCUUAUAUUUUUGGUUGGUUUGUUUUAUGUUUGGCUUGCUGAAGUUUAGGUUAUUUGCUGAGCGUAAAACGUUUGUCAAAUCUUUAUGCUGAUUAGCUAGUUCCGUUAGUCUAGAUAUUUGUUUCCUUAAAAAGGAUCAAUGAGAACUGUGUCUUUAUUUGCUGUGUACAAAUAGAUGAUAUAUAUAAAUAUAUAUAUAGUCUACAUUUGUUUUACGAUAUCUACUGUAUUAUCUGAGUUGUCACUGUUCUUUUUGUUCGAGCUUGUCUUUCAUAUGACAAUUUAUUAUGGAGUGGUGGUUCAGUUACUUAGAAAAACUCGUGAGGAAGCUGUUCAAUUGUUGUCAUGUUGCUUGUGGAGAAAAAAAUAAUAAUUGGAUAAAUUUUCAGUUGACUACUGCGGCAAAAGAAACCGAACACAGCUUAGAAUAUAACUGUAUUCGUUUGACACUUGAUUUACUAUUUCUCUCUUUUUAAAACUAUUUAUUUUUCUAUUUAUUUGUAUUUAUUCUAUAUUUAUUACUUUGUUAAUUUAUGUGUGUAUUUAUUUGUUUACUUGUCUGUGUAAUUUGUGUGAUUCUGGUACAGGGAGGGGGGCGUUUCUGAGCAAAAGGGAACAAAGCGACUAGUGGAGAGGCUCUUCCAGUAGUCCACUGCACUGAGAGAACUUUUAGUACGUUUGUGCUUUCUACCAAUAUAUCAAAAUUACACUAAAAAAAAAAAAUCUAAAAGUCAACAAAACUGAAAAAAAUGUCUGGAGGGUCGGGGGACGCUCUUCCCUUAUUACUAGAAACAGUUACUCGCUAUGCAUAACCUAGUUAUAGUUCAAUUUGCUAUUGCUUUUUUCUUGUCUUGUUAAACUGAAAUCUUUAGAUCUUUUUCAAUAAAGUUUAGUCUUGAUAGAAUGUUAUAAACAGUCGUUCUGGUUCAAUAUAACCUGUGAUAAGUUUGUGUAGUUCUAAAAAAGCCACUCCGUCCACACCCUCCCUCCACUUACUACCGCUUUGUGAUGAAACCUUAUGCAAAAAUGUGGGUCUGAAAGCAUAGUUUCCGUUUUCUUUCUGUCUGUUUGUAUUUAAACCUGUCAGCUGUUGGAGGCUUGGGCACAUUCAACUCAAAAAUAGCGAUUUUUGUUUUUUUUAGGCUCAUGGACUAAAUCGAUUGAAAUCACGCAAGAGUCAGAGGUUAUUUUUACGAAUCGUCAUCAUGUUUUCCAACGACAUAAAAAGAAUCUUUAAAGAAAUAAAGAAGUUAGCGUUGCACACCGACUGCUUUUUGCAGCAGCUGUCUAAGAAAUACUCUGGAGGGAUAAAAAGGGAUUGUGCUGAUUCUAUAUUUUAUAUACUCGAAUAUGAAAUAUAUUAUAUAUUUUGAAAGGUCAAAGGGGAAUAUUCCAGACGUAUAAAUAUAAGGAAUUGGAUUUCUUUUUGUUCGUUUGUUUGUUGCUAGAACUUAAAAAGGAGGUGCGUUCGGGACUCGUGCUCUCAUCCUGCAUCCUUCUCGCUCACAUCUCACUCAUCCAACAGUCACCCGAUCAUCAUCCGAUCACAAAGUUCUGACACCAUGGCGGCACUAAACGAACCAGACCCCUUCAUGCUCCCCGUCCCCCGGCGGGGGCUUGAAUUAUGCAACGACCCCGGUAGAAUGUCCGGAUGUGUGGGUUUCCUACUCUGUAAGACUUUUGGAUCUUACGAUGCGUGCCUGUGUUCCGCCUCAACCCCGUUUGCAUGACUGAGUGCGUAUGUUUGUGUGCAUGUUCCUUUGCUUUGUCCGUUUGCGUGGAGUAACCUCACCCCUCAGAUGUCUCCUGUGCACAUACGUGUGUGUUUCCCUGAGUGCAUGCGUGACGAUCAGAGUGCUUGUGCCAGAGUGACUGAGUGUGCAUAUCAGGGUGUUUGAAACAUGGGGCUGCGUCACCUCGCUCCAUGCCCGACCCCUAUGGCUCACACCAUCCCCUGUAGCGCCUUAUAGUGGCAGCCUGCCAGUAGGAACAACUCAGCCAGUAGUGGAGGAGGGAAGGUGAACAGAGGAACUCGGCUCUUCUUGUCAGUUUUCAUUUUCCUCCUGAGACGUGUUUGUUUACUAUCUGAAAAAUCUAUAAACUAAAUCUUUAAAGACAAAAAAAGACGAAAAAAUCUUCACGGGGCCCCAUGACUUGCGGCUCCCUCUACUCUCUCCUGCUUAUGUUAUUACUUAACAAUUAUCAAUGAUGAUUAUUAUGAUUAUUAUUGCUAUUAUUCUUAGUAUUCUUAUUCUUAUUAUUAAUCCAACUACUGCGAUGAAUGACUUCAUGUUAUCCUUGCUAGUUUAGGUAAUUUCUGAAACUGGAAACAAAAUAAAAAUCUUGCUGUAAAUGUUUGUUUUUUCUUUUUCAUAAAACUGUUGUGUUUGAAUUAUUUGUACUUUUGAAUGUUGGGACAAUAAAAUGAGGUGUUAAGAGCUCCAA